AUGCCUUCUGGUGGAAAGAAAGUCAGCAAAAAACUAAAGCGUGUAAGCUCGCAGAGUGACGCCCAGCCGCCCAGCUCUUCCACAGUAGUUACUACACCCACUUCUUUUCGUUCGCCCUCACGCUCGCGAGUUCCGACCACUUCCAAGGUUUGCCAGUCCAUAUUGGACACCCUGUUGUGUCCCUCACCAUCCACGUGCACGGUUCCAGGAACCAAGGCCCAAUCUGCCGCCAGCUCUGCACGGUCUAGGUUUGCUUUGGCUACAGGCCGGCUCACUCACUUUGACCAGAAACUUUUCAGUGGGGACUACCAGCAGUGGCCCACGUUCCGAGACCUAUUCACCGCCAACUACAUAAACAACGCCAGGUUGACUCCGGUGGAAAAAUUAUACCACCUCAACCAGAAAACGAGCGGUGAAGCCCACGACAUAGUGGCUCAGGCCCCGCUCACGAAUGAUGGGUUUGAUUCUGCCUGGAACAACCUUCCCGCCUUAAAGGAGCUCCAUAGGUCUGUCCACAAAUGCCUCACGACCCUUCAGCACUCAGAGGUGUCCACCGACAGCUGCUUUGCAGAUGGCGUGCUGGUGUACCUCAUUACCGAUAAGUUGCCAAAGGCGACCGUCAAGCUUUGGGAACAAUCGGUUCCGAACAAAUUCGAGGUUCCGACUUGGCGCGCCAUGAACAAGUUCUUAGGGGAGAGAUACCUCUCUCUCGAGGCGACCGAGGACGGUCAUCCAGGCAUCGAGACGCACUACAAUUCUCGUACAAGCCUUCCCACUCCUGCACCUCGACGAGUCAACUCCUUUGAGGGGAGAAUCUCCAGCAAGGCGCGCACUUGCGACCUCUGUUCCCGGAGUUAUCAUCCGGUGCGAUCAUGCCCAGAAUUUCUUCGCCUGACCGUACAGGAACGGUCAAGCUACAUUCAGCAGAAACAACUCUGCUUAAACUGCUUCGCGCGAGGACACCAACUCUGGGACUGCACCAGUGCGUACAACUGCAGUACGUGCAAUGGACGACACCACACCCUCCUUCAUCGGGGCGAGCAGACUCCGAGUGGCUCCAACUGUGCUCCCAGUCCUCACACCACACAAGCCCCUACCACCAUACAGUCCACUUCCUCUUCUCUUCCUUCGUCCAACGACUCGGCCCAUGUCCAGAGCUAUUGUUCUACAAAUGUCCACCAGGUGCUACUGGGCACAGCAAUAGUGGACAUUUGUCAUGCCGGCACAAGAUAUAAGGCUAGAGCCCUGAUCGACUCCGGAUUUGAGGCCACCUCUAUUACUGAGCGGAUAUUCAAAAUCAUUCGGCUCCCCUUCCAAGCCGUCCAGGCUCAAGUCUCCGGUUUGAGUCAAACGGUAGCGGCCAAGGACCAGAAACUCUGCCACUUCACGAUCGGCUCCGCCUUAAGGCCCGGCCUCCAGGUCGAGACCACGGCUUACGUUCUUCCGCAAUUGGCAGGUAACUUCCCGUCAUAUCCUGUACCGCAGAAGUACAUGACAGACCUUCCUAAACUCCAGUUAGCGGACCCCUGCUUUCAUCGCAGCUCGCAGAUAGACGUGCUUAUAGGCGCUGAUAUCCUUCCAUCCAUCGUUUUGAGCGGCUUCCGGUCCAACAUUUGUGGCUCGCUCUUGGGCCAAGAGACUAUCUUCGGAUGGGUCCUAUCCGGUCCUGUCGCAGCUGACUCAUCUCGAAUGAUCUCUUCCUUCACCACGAAGAUUUCGGUCAGCUCUGACGUUCGACUCGAGAAACUUCUCACAAGGUUUUGGGAGGUGGAGGACCUUCCAGGGAGACCUACGAGCGAGUCAGACUCCAUUUGCGAGGACAAUUUUCUCCAGACCACGCAGCGAGCUCCCGACGGGAGAUACAUCGUCAGUCUUCCAUUCAAAUGUCCAGAAAAGAUAGACUUAGGCUACUCCAGGCUUUCGGCCCACGCCCAGUUUCUGAGAAACGAGCAGCGUCUGCAGCGAAACUUGCCUCUAAAGGAGCAGUACGACGCCGUCAUUCACGAGUAUUUAGAGCUAGGCCACAUGAAACAGGUUCCACCUAGUCAUGACUCCGGCCACUUCUAUCUUCCACACCAUGCUGUUUUCAAGCCAGAAAGCGUCCAGCCCGUCUUCGAACGGAAGAAGCCUUGGCGCGUAUUCCGAUACGUUUUCAACGCCGACAUCAAUAAGAUGUAUCGGCAGAUCCUCGUGGCGCCACAACACACUCCAUAUCAACGGAUAAUCUUUCGCAAUCCUAGCGGGGACGUGUGCGACUAUGAACUCGAUACGGUCACCUUCGGAGUCAGCUGCGCGCCAUUUCUCGCCAUUCGCGUCCUAAGGCAACUCGCACAUGAAGUGCGUCCUCGGUUCCCAAAGGCAAGCGACAUCCUGGCCAAUUACAUGUACGUAGACGACGUUCUAGCUGGUACACAUACCCAGCCUCAGGCAAUUUUCGCCAUCGCCGAGUUGCGAGAAGCACUCGAUUCCGCCGGCUUUCCACUCCGAAAAUGGACCGCCAAUCAGAAGGGCGUGCUGAGCGACAUACCUCUCGACCACUUACUGCGAGCUGAUUUCCUCGAGCUCGAAGAAAGCAGUAUCGCAAAGACCUUGGGUAUCCGAUGGCAAGCUAGUGCCGACGAGUUUUUCUUCGUCCCUCCCGAAUUAAUUCAUCGGGAGGCCUGCACGAAACGCAAUGUGCUGUCCCAGAUUGCGAAGCUGUUUGAUCCAGCGGGAUGGCUUGCCCCCUUUGUCAUCCAAGCUAAGAUGUUCAUGCAGGAAGUGUGGUUACGAGAGUUAGGUUGGGACGAUGACCUUCCUGGCGAUCUGCGUCAAACGUGGGAGACCUUCCUGCAGAGUUUUCCGGCCAUCCAGCAGAUCCACAUACCAAGGGGGAUCCACGUCUGUCCGACUGCCAAGGUGCAAAUUCAUGGCUUCUGCGACGCGUCUCAGCGUGCCUACGGUGCGGCGAUCUACGUCCGAGUGGAGCGGCCGCAUGGCAUAUUCUGCUCUCUCCUGACAGCUAAGACUCGCGUGGCCCCCGUGAAGACGAUAUCCUUGCCUCGACUUGAGCUGUGCGGUGCGGUCCUUCUGGCAGAAUUGUCCGCUGCCAUCCUUCCAGAGAUGCCGCUAGACACUAGCCAAGUGUCCUUCUGGACCGACUCUACCAUUGUGCUGGCCUGGCUGCACAAGCUAGCGUGCGAAUGGACCACGUUCGUGGGCAAUCGAGUCGCCACGAUAGCGCGCUGA